AUGGAGGGGAAGGAGGGGGCAAAGACACCAGCGCAGGCGCCAAGCCUGGUCAAUCAGACGCUGGGGGAUGGGAGGCUGAACGUGGGGACGCACAUGCCGCUGCUGGCUAAGCGAUACAGCUACCUCAGCGUCAUUGGGGAGGGAGUGUCUGCUCAGGCGCGAUCAGCACUCCAAGCUCAAGUGAUACUGGCAGAGGAUACACUGCGCCAGGGUGGACACCUGGUGGCUAUCAAGAUCAUGAAGCGGCAGUAUGCGUAUGCCGGACAGAAGGAGGUGCGGGCGCUGCGCUACAUUCAGGCAAGGGCUCCGGAUUGCGCGCGGGUGGUACGGCUGCUGGGGACGUUCAUGCAUGCCGGCCACAUGUGCCUGGUGCUUGAGCGGCUGCACCCCUCGCUGCUGGACUACCUGUCCGGCUCCGCCACGCUCGCCCCCUGCACCCGCAUCGCCAACCUGCGCAGCAUCGCCUACCAGCUCCUGGGUACAGUGGCGGUGUUGCAUGCAAGCGGGGUGGUGAACGCGGAUCUGAAACCAGACAACGUCCUGCUCAGGCAACCCCAUGGCGUCAAUCCGGGGGCGUGCCCGGAGGUAGUCAUCAGUGAUUUUGGCAGCGCCUUCAGUGAGACUGAGACAGACACCAUGCGCCUGGUCUACGAGAUGCAGACUCUGCCCUACAGAGCGCCUGAGGUGGCGCUUGCGCUGGGCUCUCCAGUGGGGACUGCAAUUGACGUCUGGUCUCUGGGCUGCAUGCUGGCUGAGCUGGCCCUGCAGCAGCCCCUCUUCCCAUGCCACUCCCCUGCACAACUGCUAAAACAGAUAGAGCAGCUUCUGGGGCCGCUACCGCCGCAGCUUCAGCGCAGCAUGUGCCGGCCCGGCAGCUGCGCGCCGGCCGGCUCCUCCGCUCCGGCAAAGCCGGCCGCGGCCGAGGCGAGCCCGGCCGGGCAGCCCGAGCUGCCCUGGCUGGGCUCGACCGGGGAGAGCGCCAAAUCUGGCGCUGCAGUGGUUGUCACAGGCAAUGGCCGCUCCUUCAGACCGGCAGAGAUGCCUAAGCAGAUCUGGCAUGAGAGUCUGAGUCCCCUCGGACAGGAGCUGGCAAAGGUGGAUCGAGGACUGGCGGAUCUGGUGUUGGGCAUGCUGCAACUGGACCCCACACAGCGGCUGACAGCCGCUGCUGCGCUGCUGCACCCCUUCUUCGAUGCAGUCUCGCCCAUGCGCGCUCUCAUGCAGGCCACUCUGCAGCCGGCGUUGGCCUGGGACGUCAAUGCAAACAGCGCGCAGCCGCAGCCGCAGUCCGCCUCGGCCCUCACUCACGCGCUGCGGCAGGUGUGUGAGGGCCGGCCAGCGCGCCAUGCAGCCACUGGGAAUGGGGCAGUGACAGCUCAAACAGGAGCCAGCGAAGAGGCGGAACCUUUAAGGAAAACGCAGCUGGAAGCCGGAUCAGUCAGCGCAGGGCGGCAGGACGGCGCAGCGCCGAAGAGUGAUGCCAAGGGAAUGCAGUUGGGCACCGACAGGGCGCCUGUUCAGGCCGCUGGAUUAGUCAGCACACGACUGGGCUCUCCGGGCGCGUCUGGGCAGCCCAAUGGGCCAUCCUCGUCGGCUGCGGCGGCGGAAAAGGCUGCAGCAGAUACGGUGCAGGAGGCUCUGGCACUUGGGAAUGUCGAGCAGAAGGAUGCAGCAGACUCAAGAAAAGCAGAGGGGCAGUGCUCGUCCUGGAGCCACAGAGGCGCUCCGUCAGCCAAGAGGGGCGCACAGAAAAGGGUGUUUGCCACGCUGGAGCCGGAGCUGCCACGCUCGCUGUCCAAGUCUGCCGGCUACACAGACAAAUUUGCUUUUCCAGAGGCUGACGGCGACACUAUGGCUGCGGCAAGCAGCGCAGCAAACGAAGCAGCUCCAGAGCAGCCCUGUGUCAGGGGCGGAGCUGACGCCGUUGUGCCUGGUGCGGCUGGCAAGGCUAACGGUCUUGCAGAGAAAAGGGGAGCUGGAGGGUUGCAGGGGAGGAAACCAGGAUAUGGGGUGCCGGAGACGGAGGCGGAGGGAGGGAACGCGUCGCAAAUCUCGCCGGCCUCGCCGGGCACGCCGGGCAGCCCGGCCGGGGCCACCCGGGCAGCCGGGCAGCCGCCGGCUGCCGUGGCCGACGGCGCCGGGUCGGCCUCCGAGGACUCCGGCACCGCCGACCGCCCGGCCGCGCCGUCUUGCACCAGCGGAGUUGCGCCGCCCAAUGAAACCGCUAGUGCAGCUGCCUCUAGCCCGCGUAAGGCAGACCGCGCGGCUGCUGCCGCCCUAGAGCGCGACCCGAGUGCUGGUGAAACUGUCGCCAGGCCUUCAGCAACGGCUAAGGCGCUUGUCGGCCAGAGCGCUGCCACAGAAUCUGGGGAUGCCAGAGUGUUGCAAAGGGAAUCCUCACGUCAGGAGCAGAGGCCAACCCCGGGUGCCCCCCAGCAGUCCGGCCUGGUCAAACAGCAGGGGAGCAUGCGCAGCGAAGCGCGUCCGCUCGUGAAUCCGGCCAUGGAGCGCGCUCGGGCGGCCAGUGGGAGCGCAGGCUCCCUCCCAAAGCCGGCAAGAAAAGAUGCGGCACAGUCUGGUGUAUCUCCUGCGGCGGAGGCAACGCCACGGCAGACCAGCACUGCAGCAGAUGCGGCAGAGCAGCCCGCAGCCGUGGAUCAAGCCAAGUCAGGCGCCACCGGCACGACACUCACGGCCAAGGAGGCAGGCGAGGCGGGCGGCACAGGCGCCAAACGGCGACGGAAGCUCGAGGGCGACUCCGGCGAGAGCAGGGCAAAGCGAGGCCGGCUGGCCGACGCCGAUGCGGUGCAGCCAAAAUCCGAGCAACCCAGCCAAGGCGGCGUGCACGGCGCUCCCCAGGAGGCUCUCCCCACGCAGGAGCCGGCGGCGGCUGAGAGCGCUGGCGAUCUGAGCCUGGACGUGCUGGCAGCGGCUGCCUCGAGCGUUGCAGCCGCCCCGUUGCACUGCUGGCCGCGCCGCAGGACCUCCAUCGGAGAAUUGCCCCCUUCAAAGGGCGGCGGCGGCCAGAGGAGGGCAGGGGAAAAAUCUCCCGGCAAGGCGAAGCGGCCGUCACCGCUAUUUACGUGGCCGGCCGCCGCAGAGGCGGUGCGAGACAAGAGCGCCCCGACGUCCCCGGUCCGCGCCAAUACUGCGGCCGGCCAGCUGUUGCCGCAGGCCGGGCGGUCUUCGGCGCACGCACGGAAGAAGCAGCCGGGCGAAGCGGCGCAGGCUAGGGCGAAGGAGAGCAGGGUUGAAAAGACUCCAAAACCGGGAACGCCAUCUUCCGGACACGCCCUGCGCGACCGAUCUGCCAGCGCUAGGAAAUCCAGCAAGCCCUGGUGGGUUGUGUGAGUUGUCUAAUUGCCGCUUCGACAAGUUGGAGGAUUUACAGAUGAAUGCGAGCUUGUUUGAGAGCAGACAGCACAGCAGGAAAGUUCCUGGUGGUGCUGGGAUUCUGGAACUGAUCUGCAAAUGUCAUGUACUUGUGUUGCGAAUCUGGGACACAUUUGAGUCUAUCUUAGAGUGUCUUCACUUUUUACGUGUAUCAGUGUUUGUCAAUAUCUUGCAGAUGAAUGGCAGUUGAGUAUCUUUGUCACGUUGGCAUGUGAUUGAAUUUAUGAUCUGCUGCUGGCUGCGUCGCUGCAGCGUGUCAUGAAUGGACUAAUUGCUACCCAUGGUCAGUCUGUGUUCCUCAGCAGCAAGGCAAUGAAAGGUGUGUGCCGCCAGAGCCUCUUUGUCGUUGCAUUGCAAUUUUAUUUUCCGCGAAUGCUUCCAAUUCUCCAUGAUGGGCUGAUCAGAUGUAAUUGUACAUGUACGACU